AAUGAACCCGGGAUAUUUACACAGUAAACAGGAAACAUGAUGUCUCAGCUCAGAAGGAUGUUUAACCUUCUGAGAGCUGGAACUGGGAACCAGCAACUCUGGACCAGGUCCCUCUUCAGAGACUCUGCCAGCGGUGGUGCUGGACUUGUCCUGCAGUCUCAAUCUACGGACGUGUACCAGAACCUGGCGCUGGAGGACUGGAUCGAUGCUCACGUAGAUCUGGAGCAUCGCAGCGUCUUGCUGCUGUGGAGGAACGAGCCGGUUGUCGUCAUCGGACGUCACCAGAACCCCUGGACCGAGUGCGACUUGUCAGCCAUGAGAAGGUUGGGGAUCCCUUUAGCGCGGAGGAGGAGCGGAGGCGGGACGGUCUACCACGACCUCGGGAACCUAAACAUGACUUUCUUUGCCUCCAAAAAGGCGUACGACCGUCAGAGGAAUCUGAAGGUGGUCACCGAGGCCCUGAAGCGACUCUGUCCAGAACUGGACGUCCGAGCCACGGAGAGAUUCGACAUUUUACUGAACGGACACUACAAGAUCUCAGGCACAGCGUCGCGGCUCAGCAGGAAGUCGUCCUACCACCACUGCACUCUGCUUCACUCUUCUGAUCGCCCCGCCCUCUCCACUGUGCUCCGCCCCUCUCGUGCUGGUAUCCAAAGCAACGCCACGCCCAGCAUCCCCUCACCUGUCACCAACCUGACAGACCACGCCCCUUCUUUAGAGUGGGACCAGCUACUAGAGGCGCUAGCGCAGCAGUACAACCGAGAGUUUGGACUCUGCUCUGCGUCCACCAUCGUCGACCCGUCUGCCGAGUCCUCGUUUCCUGGUGUGGGCAGCAUGGCUGCAGAGCUGCGCAGCUGGGAGUGGACGUUUGGGAAGACGCCUAAAUUCAGCAUUGAGUCGCGGCUGCAGCUGACAGACGAGCAGCUGGGCGCUCGCUGCCCCGCUGAGCUGCACAUGGAGGUGAAGAACGGGCGGGUGGACAGCUGCCGCUUGGAUGUCCCAGCAGACUGGCUUCCUCUGCAGCAGAGCCGCCAGCUGAGCGACGUCCUGGUCGGAGAGCGGUUCUGUCCGCACAGAGCGGCGGCAGCCGUGACCGAGCUGCUGCGGUCUGAAAGCGGCCAGCUGCGCAGAAGACUGCUCAACCUGUGCGAGGCUGUUGUUGCUGUGACCGGCUGA